ACUGGAGGCUGAUUCGCCCAACAAUACAAACAACAAGCCGCUGGACAUAUAGUGGAAUCCGCUGCACAUGCAUUGACAUAAAUUCACCCCCCCCAUGAAUGCAUGCUUAUUUCCUCACUCUUUGGGAAGUGGCAGUAUAUAAUCGCGAAUGAACUGGGAUAAAAUAUCCAUCGCGCGCGACAAAUAGCUAAUCCUAAAAUAGGAAAUACACAGUAACACUCCAGUAUGGCGGACAGUAUGAUGAGUAAAGCAGCCACUAUGGAGAUUCCUUUUAACAGUAAUGGGGACUCUAGGAAUCUAGCAGAAGAUGACAGCCUGGAGCAGGCUGCAAAGAGUCAGUGGCGCUUAAGAGAGAAGGUAGGGAGUCCCGCAGGCCUCAGGGACUUACAGCAGGUCAUGGUGUCCGGACCCAAUCUUAAUGAGACCAGCAUCGUAUCAGGUGGUUAUGGAGGUACAACAGAAGGCAUCAUUCCGACAAGCUCCAUCAAAGGCCCUGCAGUCCGUCUUAACAUUGACUUUUUGGGCAACAGACGCAUUCCAAAUGAAGGGCAAGGGUCCAACAUGCAUCAUCACUCCAGUAGCAAUUCGUCCACGACAGCAGAAGAGGCCACAAGAGGCAUUGCUGUGGAGAAGUUUGACAUCAUGAAGAAAUGGGGUCUGAGCACGUACAAGUGCACCAAACAGAUGAUCUCUGAGAGGUUUGGCCGUGGCUCACGUACUGUGGAUUUGGAGCUGGAGGCUCAGAUUGAGGUUCUGCGGGAAACCAAACGGAAGUACGAGAAUGUGCUGCGUUUAGCGCGAGCGCUAACCAACCACUUUUACAGCAUGGUGCAGACCCAGCACGCCCUUGGAGACACUUUUGCCGACCUCAGUCAGAAGUCUCCAGAACUUCGGGAUGAGUUCGGAUACAAUGCUGAAACACAGAAGUUGCUGUGCAAGAAUGGAGAGACUCUGCUCGGUGCCAUCAACUACUUUGUGUCCAGCAUCAACACGCUGGUGAACAAAACAAUGGAAGACACAUUGAUGACUAUCAAGAUGUACGAGAAUGCCAGGCUAGAGUUCGAUGCACACAGGGCAGAUCUGGAAGAGUUGAACAUGGGCCCACGGGAUGCUGUUACUAUGGCUCGUAUCGAGGCUGCUCAGCAGCAGUACCAGAUCCACAAGGAAAAAUAUGAACGUCUCCGCAGUGAUGUCAGCAUCAAGCUCAAGUUCUUGGAAGAAAACAGGGUCAAAGUGAUGCACAAGCAACUUCUCCUGUUCCAUAAUGCUAUCUCUGCCUACUUUGCUGGAAACCAGCAACAGCUGGAACAGACCCUCAAGGAGUUCAACAUUAAACUCAAACCACCAGGGGCCGACAAACCCUCUUGGCUGGAGGAACAGUGAAAGUGCCCGUUUACCCCUGGUUUCCUGUUAUGUCUUUAUCCACACAGAACAACACAGUUAGGACCACAAGAGACCAGCGUUCUGAGAUGCUAGCAGAGACAGGGGCUACAACAGAGCCUCCUUCACACUAACUCGCUCUAUACUUCUCUUCCUUGCUUCUUCUUUUCCUCCUCCUCAUCCUGUUCUUGCUCUGAGACUGUUUUCAAGUGUCUGAAUAGUCACAUGUAGUAUGUAACUGGUCCCAAAGGUUCCAAUCAAAUGUCAGUUUAAGCUUCAUCCCUAUAAAAUCCUUCUGAUGUGUCAUGCAAAACAGCUGUUCUUUCCAGAUUAUUCUCAGUCUUACUCGCACGUUCUCUCUCUCUCUCUCACUCUCUGUGAGUGACCACAUCUUGAGGAAAUGUUCCUUUUGUUUUUCUGUGAAAAGCGUUUUAUUUUGCUACUACUAUCUUUUUUCUGUAUUGUAGAUUUGGUCUUGUAGCUAAUGGGGGGGUCCAGAUUAUUCCUGUCACAGAAUGUUGGUGGUUCUAACAAAAAGUAAUUUUAUUUUGAAAAAAAAAAAAAAUAGAUAUAGUUUUAUCUGAUAUUGGUAUUGAAUAAGGAUGUACGUUUGUGUUUACUAUUCCAUGAAAGUAUGGUUUAGUCAAUCCUUCCAGGUGUCUUUCUUUGAAAUAUUUUGAAUUAAUGAAAUAUUGCAUUUAAUAUCUUAAAAUGAGGUACUCAUUUUAAGUUAUUUAAUCUCAAAUUAAUAAUACUGAAACGUGCUAUGGACUGAAUUUCAUCUAAUGUGGGUGUAUAGUUUCCUGCACGUUUAACAAAGCCCAGCAAGAUAAAUCUAAAAAUCAGUUUCUUUACCGUUUUGAAUUUCUGAAGCAUGUUUUUUUUUGUUUUAUUUUGACAAUUAUAGUUUGUAGUAUUAUGUACCAGUGCAUAAUGCUCCAGAAAGUUUAUAGGUUUAUUUUUAAGUUAAAAAUAAGUUAAUCAAGGAAGUGUAUGUAUGAGUUGUUUUUGAUUGUUUUAAAACAGGCCAGUUACUAAGUCCCACCAUUAUCUGCCUCUUUAUCUACCAAAAUUUGCACUAAUAUUUAUGUUCUGACUUGUGUUCUGUUAACGUAUAUAUUCUUUCAUUGUUCAUUCAAAUUGCAAUUGGUUCUGAUGCACCCUCUGCUUAAUUACUUUAUCUGCCUCGGCAAAAAAAAAAAAAAAAAUUCCCCCAAUGAAAGAUUUAUAUUAAUAUCACAGUAAUAGUUUUUUCUUUCUGUGCCAUAGUAGUGCUAACGAAUCAUUUCAUUAGUCUAACUCUCACAAUGUUUCACAUAAAUAUAGUACAAAAUCUAACUGAAUUAUAUAAACAUAAACAUUUCAAGAUAUGUUUUGCAUUUAUUUUUAUUUGUGAUAAGAUGGUAUAAUCAGAUGAGUUUUACUUCGUUUUCACUACAUAAUUUUUCACAGAAAAUAUCUACAUAAUGCUCCCUGAUAACCUUUAUUUUUAUAAAUUACUUUUUUUUUUUUUCUUUCUUCAGUGAGUUCAAAACACACUUUGAAAUAUGCUUUUGCUGUCUUAACACAUUUGAUGCAGUGAUAAUGGGGUUAAAGCGCAGACUGUCAGAUUAUGGUUUAUGUCAGUCUGGUUUAUUUUGGUAACACUUUACAAUGAGGUUCAUUAGGUAGCAUUAACAAAUUACAUUACAAUAAAAUUACCUUAACAAGGAUUAAUAAAUUGUGUAGUAAGUGUUUUGUUUAUUUUCUGUUCAUGUACGUUUAUACAUUAACUACAUGUUAACAAAUGCACCUUAUUGUAAAGUGUUAUCUUAAUUUUUUUGAUUUCAUUAUGUAAGCCUGAAAUAACAACUAUGAUCUAAUGUUCAGUACUUUUGAACAUUGCACUAACUCUUUCUAAGCUUGAGACAAAGCAAUACUCCAGAAGAUGUUUCUAGAAAGUAUAUUUUCAUGCCUGUAUUGUCUGUCCCUUGUGUGUUUCUGCAUGGCAGGUCUGAUGACAUUAGUUGUACAUUUCCAUGCAUUGUGAUUCAAUCCUUUUCAGUGUAUCAGUAAAACACUACCGGGGUACUACUGCAGGAAAAUGUUUCUAGAAAAAACAAAAGAGAAAGGGUUCUUCUGAAUGUUAAAGGAUGCUUGAAAUUUAGAUUGAAUGUCAACUAAAGAAGACUGUACAAUGUCUAUUUUCUUUACUUUUUUUUUAAUACAAAGUAUUGUGUUUUAUGUCCUGGCACAUUUGUCAACAUGUUGAGAUGGUAGGGUGUGUGUUCUUUCAUCUUGAGAGAUGGAGAAAAGGGUUACAUCUUGAGCCCCAGAGACUGAACUGAUUCAUGAAGUGAUUGACAUUUGUACCUGACCAAUGGGAUUUUAACUUUAGACCCUUCUGAACACACACAAAUACAUAUAUGUGUGUGUGUGUGUGUGUGUGUGUGUGUGUGUUUAUUUAUCCCCCCAGUAGAUUUCUUUUUUUCUUUUAUAUCAAAUGCAUCUAUUAAGUUUUUUUUGUCGUUUUAUCUCUGAUUUUUUUUCUUGCUAUUAUUAUUUUGAUUGCUGUCAACAGAAAUGUUUGGCGUUUAAAUGCUUACUCCAUUAAUAGGCCUAGUUUUAGAGCAUAGCAGAAUGAAAGGGUUAUAAUAAUGAACUUAUUUAUGUACAAUCAAUAUUUAAGGCUGCUUUGUGGUAUUGUAGUGUAUAAAUGAUUGUAUAUAUGUAAAGAUAAGACAGAUUUUGAAACUGGAAACCCAUGAUGUUAGACUUUUCUCCUGGCUUUGACCAAAUGUUUGACCAACAAACGUACAAGAACCCACCAGAUAAAAUUUGAAAGGUUUGCAAAAA